AUAUAAGCGAGUGAUUCUCCCCCGACGCGACACAUUACAAAUAUUACUGAGAGACUGCGGAUCGUACCGCUACAACAUAACCCUACGAGCGAACUUCUUUUCACAAAUCGCGUUUGAAAGAGAGACACAAUCAAGAUGCCUGAGCAAAUGGAGACCAGUUCUGGUGAGGUGGAGACGUUUGCCUUCCAGGCGGAGAUAGCACAGUUGAUGUCAUUGAUCAUCAACACGUUCUAUUCCAACAAGGAGAUCUUCCUUCGAGAGUUGAUCUCAAACUCAUGCGACGCUCUCGACAAGAUACGUUACGAGUCUCUGACAGAUCCGUCUAAGUUGGACACUGGAAAGGAUCUGUACAUUAAGAUAAUACCAAACAAGAACGAUGGUACAUUGACAAUAAUUGACACUGGUAUUGGUAUGACAAAGGCUGACCUCGUUAACAACUUGGGAACGAUUGCCAAGUCUGGAACAAAAGCGUUCAUGGAAGCACUGCAAGCGGGAGCAGAUAUUUCGAUGAUUGGUCAGUUUGGUGUUGGUUUCUACUCGGCUUACUUGGUGGCGGAUCGAGUGACUGUAACAUCGAAGCACAAUGACGACGAACAAUACUUGUGGGAGUCAAGUGCUGGAGGUUCCUUCACAGUUCGGUCGGACAACUCGGAGCCGUUGGGACGUGGAACGAAGAUCGUUCUCCACAUCAAGGAGGAUCAAAUGGAGUAUCUGGAAGAAGCGAAAAUCAAGGAAGUCGUCAAGAAACACUCCCAAUUCAUCGGCUAUCCCAUCAAGCUUGUGGUGCAGAAAGAACGUGAGAAGGAAUUGAGCGAAGAUGAGGCAGAGCCUGAAGCGGAUGAAGAUAAGAAAGAGGAUGACGAAGGAAAGCCCAAGAUAGAAGAUGUCGGCGAAGAUGAAGAGGAAGAUUCUAAGGAGAAGAAGAAGAAGAAGAAGAAGACGAUCAAGGAGAAGUACACCGAAGACGAAGAGUUGAACAAGACCAAGCCUAUUUGGACCAGAAACCCUGAUGACAUUACGCAGGAAGAAUACGGUGAAUUCUACAAAUCCCUCACCAACGACUGGGAAGAUCAUUUAGCUGUGAAGCACUUCUCCGUCGAAGGUCAGCUCGAGUUCCGCGCUCUUCUCUUUGUCCCAAGGAGAAUGCCUUUCGAUCUCUUUGAAAACAAGAAGCGCAAAAACAACAUCAAGCUCUACGUAAGGAGAGUAUUCAUCAUGGACAACUGUGAAGAGCUCAUUCCGGAAUAUCUCAACUUCAUGAAGGGUAUUGUAGACAGCGAAGAUCUUCCCCUCAACAUCUCUCGUGAGAUGCUCCAGCAGAACAAGAUUCUUAAAGUAAUUCGUAAGAAUCUCGUGAAGAAGUGUCUCGAGCUUUUCGAGGAGCUCACCGAGGACAAGGAAAACUACAAGAAGUUCUAUGAACAAUUCAGUAAGAACAUCAAGUUGGGAAUUCACGAGGAUGGCACCAACCGCAGCAAGCUCGCCGAUCUUCUCCGUUACAACACGUCAGCAUCUGGUGACGAAGCAUGCUCGCUCAAAGAGUAUGUUGGCAGGAUGAAGGAAAACCAGAAACACAUCUACUUCAUCACCGGCGAGAGCAAGGAACAGGUUGCCAACAGUUCCUUCGUCGAGAGGGUAAAGAAGCGCGGAUUCGAAGUCGUUUACAUGACUGAACCCAUCGACGAAUAUGUCGUUCAGCAGAUGAAAGAAUUCGACGGCAAACAACUCGUUUCUGUGACCAAAGAAGGUCUCGAACUUCCAGAAGACGAGGCUGAGAAGAAGAAGAGAGAAGAGGACAAGGCCAAAUUCGAAGAACUCUGCAAAACGAUGAAGACCAUUUUGGACAACAAAGUUGAAAAAGUCGUAGUUUCCAACCGAUUGGUCGACUCACCCUGUUGCAUCGUAACCGCCCAAUACGGCUGGACCGCUAACAUGGAAAGAAUCAUGAAAGCUCAAGCUCUUCGUGAUACUUCGACAAUGGGAUACAUGGCUGCGAAGAAACAUCUGGAAAUCAACCCUGAUCAUCCGGUUAUCGAAACCCUCAGACAAAAAGCUGAAGCUGACAAAAACGACAAAGCAGUCAAGGAUCUUGUCGUUCUUCUUUUCGAAACUUCUCUCCUUUCUUCCGGCUUCACCCUCGACGAGCCCCAAGUUCACGCCGCACGUAUUUAUCGCAUGAUCAAGCUUGGUCUUGGAAUCGACGAAGAAGAUCCUAUUCCUGAUGAACCAAAAACCGUCGACGAUGUUCCACCUCUGGAAGGAGACAGCGAAGAUGCAUCACGAAUGGAGGAAGUCGAUUAAACUGAUGAUCGAUUAAACUGAAGACUGUUUUUGCGACCGCGUUUUAUGUGGUUCAUCUUCGAAUUCAUCAUCGUUUCACCCAUUCCUUUAUUUUUCUCUUUUUCGUCCUUUGUAUCAUAUUUUGAAACGAAUACCAAAUGAUUUUUUUUAUUGUUUAGCUUUACACACAGGUUGUACAAAACCCAAUAAGUUAAUUUAAAUCCAUCGUGCCCCGCUCUCCUUCGAGCCUCUCUACGCUGUGUUUAAAACCAAGAGAGUAUUUCAUGCAUUCUUUUUAAAUGACAAUUGAAAAAAACGAUGUAAAAUUAAGAGUUUUAUUAUUAAGUAUGAAAUAAAUUGUCGAAUUAGUCAACUUCGAA